AUGGCCAAGCUGGAGCUACACAUCGUGGCGCCGGGCUCAUACGGUGCCAAGGACCUGUACCUCUGGAAGAUGGUCAUCACGCCUCUGAGCGGCGAGAUCGUGCCAGAGGACAGCCUCCUGGAGCUGAAAGCCACCACGGGCCGCUUCGGGAGCCAGAAGCUCACGCUGAAGCUCAUGAAGUCCAAGAAGAAGCGCUGGUACAAGGCGCGGAGGGCGCGGCACCGGAGGGCGCGGGUUUCGUCAGGACCGGAGGCCGUAGAACCGGGGGAGGCGGUGCUUUUAAAGUCCAUCGGCUGA